UGAAAGACGGAGAGAACGAGAGGAAAUCCUGGAAAGCUGCUGAUUGAAGACUCCAGGACUGGUCAGGAGUCUUUCCGGCAGGGAAAAUGGAAGAAACCACCGUGGACAUUGACACUCUUAUUGAUGAGAUGGACUACAUUCCCGGUCACUUUCAUCUAGAUAUGAAUUUAAAUUUUGAAACUUCUGCACCCAUCAGCUUCCAAGGGAGAGACUUGAAGUUGAAAAGAGAAAGUCUACUCUACGAGUUGGAGUUUGAAACUGGCUCACAGCAAUAUGCCAUUCAAAACCUUCUCGGAGUAUUUUCCUUCUACCUGGAGGAAGUGGAGCAAGCCAAAGAGAUUUUUCUGCAUAUCACUCAAGAACAGCCUGAGAACUUAAACGCUUGGGCCAACCUGGCCUACAUUUAUGACAGGUUGAACCAGGAGCAAGAAGAGGCUGAGUGCACUGAGCAGCUCUCCAAUUUAAUGGGGUUGGAGUCAGAAGACAAGCUACAGGGAAAUCCCCAGGACAGAGCAGCCCGUUGCCUGGCCGAACAGGGCUAUGCUUAUGCCUUUGAUAUCAGGCUAAUGAACGAAGAAGAGAAGAUGGAGAAACUGACUGUAGGUCUCACUCUCUACAGCAAGGCUCUGGUUUAUGGAAAGCAGAUCCCUUUAGAGGAGAAACGGAGCUGGUACUUUGCUAUGGCCACUCUGCACAUCAGACUAGAUGGGGUGUGGAUGAACAAAGGGGAGGAUGAGAAGAAGAGACUGAUGGCUUUCAACAGAACUCUGGUUUUGCUUCAACAAGUACUAAAGUCAUCUAAUCUACACUACAGAGCUUUGGCCUGGUGCUAUCUUGGGAUGCUACUAGAAAGGAAAUAUUCUUUCUCAACUACUCCCCUAGGCAUUAAUGACUGUGGUUAUGCUGGAACUGAUCCCCUGGAUUGCUUUGGAAAGGCAAUAGAGGUUGCUAGAGAUAAUCCUCCUGUUCUCAACCGCCUGUCAAAAAUCUUCCAUUUCCUUGGCAAGCUGGAGAUGGCAAUGGCAGUUUGCAACAUGGCUCUGGAUGUAAUCCCUGAUCCAGGACUUAACUGGCAGGCGUAUUGUAUGCGUGCUAAGAUGCUGAUUAAACUGUAUUUACGGGACGUGGAACGUGUGAAGAUAGGCUUGGCUGAAAUGCCAGACCAGAGCAACCUUUUGGGGGCCAAAGCUGAUCUUGAAAAAGUCAUCAAAGUCCACCCCUGCCUGAAAACGUAUUUUGAUCUUGGCCAGGUAUAUUACUACUUGGGAGUAGAUGCUAUGCAGGAGCUUUUCCUUGUGGAUGAAAAUUCCCUCAACAAAGCCCUUGUGCACUUUACUAAAGCCAUGGAAUUAGACUUGGGAAAUGUCUUGCCUGAACUCCAGGUUCUGAAAGGGAAAUGUCUUUGGAUUAAAAACGAGCCACUGGAAGCCAUGGAAUGCUUCAAGCAGGCCAUCGAGCUGGACGAUGUGGGUUCCACGCACAGAGAGGGUUUCCGGUGCUUAAUGGAGCUGCUACUUACCCUGUUUGCUCAGAAGAGGAUCAACAUGGAGAUGCUAAUGAAGGAGGUAGAACUGUGGGUGAAGAAGGCGGAAGAGAAAUAUCCAAACCAGCAAGUGCAGCAGGAACUCCGACUGGUCUGUCGGCAUCAUACCAGUGAGGUGCUUGAACUUUCCAAAGCUAUGCUGGCUCGAGGGAAGACCGAACUGGUCAAGCUGCUUUUUGAGACCAUGAAAUGUGAUUUUAAUCGACCCAGGCUGAGUGAACGUUCAUUCUCUUUUUGACCUGCUGCUUCAAAUAUCUCUUCAUUUAUCUACUACCCCAGUAGUUAAACUCUCUUCAUUAAACAGAAAGAAACUAUAUGUUUGACAGCCAUAAUGCUUUCUACAGACUCAAAUACCUUAUGUAAAUAAAUAAAGCCCCCUUGAUCUGUGAUCUUAUUCAGGGGGAGUCCGCGGACCUGAUGGGCAUUACGGAGACCUGGCUGGGGCCAGAGGGGAGGGUGCCCCUCGUUGAACUAUGCCCCCCAGGUUUCCGAGCAUUCCAUCAGCCUAGGGCCCAGGGUAGGGGUGGAGGGGUGGCGGUUGUUAUUAAGGAAGAUCUAGAGCCGAGGGAGGCCACUGUUCCUCAGAUUGCCGGCUGUGAAUCCCUUUAUGUGAGGUGGGGCCAUAGGAAUCAGUUGGGCUUGUUGAUCACGUACCUGGCUCCUUGCUGCGUGACCACAGCCCUGCCCGAGCUGCUGGAGUUAUUUGCCACUGUGGCAGUUGAGACCCCCAGACUUAUAGUUAUGGGGGAUUUCAACUUGCCAUCAGCUGGCUUAUCAUCGACUGCAGCUCGGGAGUUCCAGGCUUCCAUGACGGCCUUGGACCUGAUACGAGUAAAUGAUGGCCCUACGCACAUGGGGGGAGGCACGCUGGACCUGAUUUAUAUCUCUGGUCAGUGGUUAAAUGAUCUGAUACUAGACGAUUUAGUAACAGAACCAAUGUCAUGGUCUGAUCAUUUUCUCCUUCGCCUAGACUUCCGAACCGCCACCCACCAUCGCAGGGAGACGGAGCCUCUACGUUGGUUCCGUCCCAGGCGCCUGAUGGACCCUGAGAGGUUCCUGACGGAGCUU